GCAUCGAGGAGGAAAGCAACAGUGGGUUUGCAGGCUGAGAGAGUUGGCCUGGAGUGGCAGCAGCGUAGGCGAAGCAACAAUUUGUUCACACAUAAGCACAGAGGCGACUAUGCAUGUACUUAGACGACGAAAACAAAGGAUAUGGCAGAAGGUCAGGGGUGAGGUGGCGUUUCAUGGGGAUGGUCAGUGACAACAAUUCGCUACACUUGCUUAUUUUCCAGUUGGCUGCGGUCUGGUAAUUAUUUGUAACAGCAUAGUUCGGUCGUGAAUACGGUGGACAACGGACGUGUCCAGUUCUGAGUCUCCUGCGUGUACCGGCUCUCCACUGUGCGGUGAGUGGCUUUGAAGACACCAACCAAUACAAAUCAAAGUGCAUAGGAAACCAGAGAACUCUUUUAAAGUCCCAGUGAGAAUGCAACAGGCUGGAGGAAAACACUCCACCGAUGGCGCUGCGGGCGCUGCAGCUUCCACCAGCACUGUGGAGACUACCAUACAUGCUGCGGCAGCACAACCACACUUUCCAACUUACACUGCCGCCACCACUGCCAUUUCUCCAAGCGAUGCCACACCAUCGACACUUUCAACGCAGGUAGCUUCUCCAUCAACACUGCCGGUCUCCACUGCAGACAAUGCAGUCGACGUCAUGCCACAUGUUGCAGCAACACCUGCCUUCGAUGUGGUGGCCGCGUCCUCCUCCUUCUCACCACAACCGCCGCUGCCCGCAAUACAGGCGCUGGGUGAGCGACGUCGCAUACGACCAGCUGGUAUACUGCGUUUGGAUAUGAAUAAGCCAAGACGUUCAUCAGGUGGUUCCGUCGAGUUUCGAGCUCAACCGCAAAUGCUCGGUGAGGACAUAACAUCACCAACUGCGGGUGUAACUUCACCUCACCAGUUAUCUGUUACUUGGGCCACACCGCCCUACGACACCAGCGAACACGAUUGGAGACAACGACCGGAGUCAGCGGAUGCCAAUUAUUUGAGCGGCAGAUUAAGAAGAUACAGUUCACAGGAGGAGAAGCCGUACGAGUUUUCGUGCCAUUCAGCAGCGAGUCCUGUGGAUGCUUUUGAAUCAACGCCUCAAGGUCAAUUGAAUGAAGGUUGCAGCGCCAACGACAGCAAUAAUAACAACAACAAUCAGCAAAGCGAUGACGAGUUAGACGAUGAAGAAGACUAUUCGGUGUCUGUAACGGCAAUAAUACAGAGACGCGCCAGUGUACGCGGCUACCGGGGUAAGCGAGGCAGUCGUUAUUCGCGCAGAGCUUCCAGUCCAAUGGAUCAUCUGAUGGACACCGUGGAGCGGCGACGCUCCAGCGUCUACACAUCGAGUUCAGAUGAAGGCACAAAUCAGGAGUCAACACAAGAGCAAAUCUUCGAAAAUAUUCGCUUGCACAAAGAGGUUAUACAAUCGGUGAAAUUACAGCCAUGGCCGAUGAGGAAAAAACUGAAAUUAGUACGACAGGCCAAGACAUAUGUGGCACGUCACGAGGGAGCGCUGCAGGAGCGAUUCGCCAUGUCGCGCAGCACGAAAGAUUUGUGGGCGCGUUUUAAAAUUUUAAUGGCAGCGCGUUGGCUGCAUUGGAAGCGCGAAACCGUUAGUUUUCUCACUGUACUGAUCCCCUGGGAAUUACGCAUCAAGGAGAUUGAGUCGCAUUUCGGCUCCGGCGUCGCAUCACAUUUCACCUUCCUGCGCUGGCUGAUGUGGGUGAACACCAUGAUGGCCAUACCGUUGGUGGCGUUCGUCAUCGGGCCUGAGUAUUUCGCAACAAAAAAGGACGAAUGGGAUCCACGCAAACGUAUGACGGAGGAUGAGUAUAAAGUCGCUGGCAAUUUCUUUACAUUUUGGGAAUUCGAAGGUUACAUCAAGUAUUCGCCGAUGUUUUAUGGUUAUUACUCGAAUUUUUCCGGUGCGAAAACCUUGGGUUACAAUUUGCCUAUGGCUUACUUUCUAACGGCAGUUGUUGUUUAUAUCUACAGUUUUGUGGCCACCUUGAGGAAAAUGGCCGAAAACUCUCGAAACUCUAAACUCUCACUCAAAGAUGAUGAAUGCACUUUCACUUGGAAACUUUUCACCGGUUGGGAUUUCAUGAUUGGCCACGCCGAAACGGCACACAACCGAAUCGCCUCGGUGGUGGUGGGCUUCAAGGAGGUUUUGCUCGAGGAAGCCGAAAAGAAGAAGGAUAAUCGCAAUUGGCGCAUUAUAAUGCAGCGUAUUUUGGUGAAUGUCGUUGUGAUGGGCCUAUUGGCUGCCUCCGCGUGGACGGUCGUCACAUUGGUUAAUAGCUCGGAGCAAUUGGCGCGUACUGGCAAUUUACUGUUUCGCAAUGCGGUUAACAUCACCAUCACGCUGUUGGCGUUCUUUAUGCCCAUGAUAUUCGACGCGUUGGGAUUAUUCGAGAAUUGGCAUCCGCGACAGCAGUUGCGCUUGCAAUUGGCACGCAUUAUGAUACUCAACAUGCUCAACUUGUAUUCGCUGAUGUUCUCCUUCAUCUACAACAUCGACAGCAAGGAGGAACCCUUGCAGAUACUCAAGGAGCGUUUCGACAGCUCAACCUAUGCAAUUAGAAAUUUAACAAUUGUGAUGGAUGGCUAUAGAAACAACAGCACAAAUACCACAGCUGUAGCCAUGGCGCUGGCACAUCUCAACAUGAGUACCAGCAGUCUGGUGACCACGACCACAGCGGCCACAACAACACUUUACGGCUUGGUUACACGGUUGCGAUGCCGUAAUAUAACAAUGAAAUGCUCAAAACCAACACGUCUAAACAAUCGGAAUUUCACAACAACAACAAUAUCGACAACAUUAAUGCUACUCAAUCUAAGCGCAUCAACGAUGUUGCCACACAUCACCACCACGGAGUCAGGCACAACGCCGGUGUGGACGACACUGCCCACCACAAUGCCAACUGUCACAACAGAUAUCGAUACAACAACGAUAACACCGCAGCAGCAGCAACAACAACAAGCAUGGAACACAACACAAUUCAAUGCGGUGACCACAGCAGCAACAACAAUAACAACAGCGUCACCUACAACACAAGCCACCGACGCAACAUCGACCACAAUAACGGAUUAUACGGAGAGCACAACACAAACCGAAACUACAGAUUCAUCCACAUUGCCACUGUCCACGUCGACAACAACAACGGCGCCGGGUAGUGACAGUUUCUUUGACUACAUGGAUUACUUCGUUGGUAUGCCGCUCGAGCUUAGCGAUUCCCAAGAAGAGGCGAGUGCAACAGAGACAACGCCCGGCAGCUUGAGCGGCACGACCGAUAAUGUGCGCCGUCCGAGAAAUGGCAAGAAUCUACGUGCCUUGCAACGCAAGCCUCGACAAGCUUUACUGUCCGCUUUGUACGAGACAACACAGCGCACGCCGCCGGGCCGUUACAGUCGUCAGUUGAAUGAAGGACGCCGGCAAAGCGAUCGAGGUAACGACGGGUACACCGACAGCAGUGUUCCAACUACCGCCGUAGAUGAAAGUACAACAGCAGCUCAAUUGCAGCAACAACCACAAGUGGAUACCGCAUCACAGGCGCCACAAAAUGAGUCCUUACCAACACUGCAUGUCAACACGAAACUAUUGGGUGAAGUGCUGGCUUACUUCACCAGCUCGACGUCGACCGUUGAGCCGCCGACUACAAAGUUGCCACCUACAACAACGACUGUUACGAAACCUACGACUACCACAGCUGCCACACCGCCCACAACGACAACGGAGUCUAUCGACAGCACUACCGCAUUUUUCGUAGACGAAGAUGAUAUUCUCGACGAAUCCGCGACCAUCAAUUAUGAUCCUAACGAACUCGAUGAAGAUAAUUUCGAGACGUGUGUGCGCACCUUCUGUGAUCCUUAUCCAGAAGAAGAGGUUACCAUCUCCGAUUUGGAUGCAACUGCUACACCGACAACACCGUUCAUGACACCGAUGGAGAUUUUCGAAAUGAGAAUGUUUGAAGUAAAGGAAGAUAUACGAGAGGUGCAACGAAAUUUGACUAGCAUGUGCUGGGAGACGUCACUGGGACAAGAGCUGGCAAAGGUUGUCGUUUCGGAUGGGCUCCUCUCACUCUUCGCUCCACUCUGCGUGGACUUUUUACGCGCUCUUUUUGUACGGUAUCUCAACAAACAUUGGUGUUGGGACAUGGAGAAGACAUUUCCACAGUACGGUGACUUCAAAAUCGCCGAGAAUAUUCUGAAUCUGAUCAUCAACCAGGGGCAAGUGUGGAUGGGCAUAUUCUUUUCACCCGGUUUGGUGGUAGUGAGUCUCGUUAAAUUAAUGAUAUUGAUGUAUUUCCGUUCGUGGAUCGUGUUGACGUGCAAUGUGCCACACGAGGUGGUCUUCAAAGCAUCCAAGUCGAAUAAUUUCUAUCUGGCACUACUGCUAACAAUGCUCUUUCUCUGCGUGCUGCCGGUGAGUUAUGCGAUUGUCUGGUUGCGUCCCUCAUGGCAUUGCGGUCCAUUCUCCGCCUACAAUCGUAUCUCAGAUUUUGUUACCAGUGCGACACAGGAGGCGCUACCAAUCCAAUUGCAUAGACCACUUGGCUAUUUGACUUCAGCCAGCACUGUGAUACCACUGCUGCUUCUGCUGAUACUCAUUAUCUAUUAUCUGGUCUCAUUGACGGGCGCACUGCGUGAGUCCAAUCAGGACCUCAGAACACAACUGCAAAAGGAACGUGAGGAGGAACGUAAGAAAAUCUUUAAGGUACCCGAAGCGAAACCCACCGAGAAUAGCGCAGCAGCGCUGACCAGCAGAUGGCGCAAGGUGCUGGAGGCUUCUUCGCCGGUCACACCAACACCACCGCCGGAUUUCGAAAGUGAAGAGUACAAAAAUAAGGCGAGAAAAGAAUUGAUUUCACGCAUCAUGAAGGAGGCGCUACGCAAGGGAUCUGCCACAUCAGAUGACGAUUCCAUUAAUCGACAAGGACGAGACGAUGAUGAUACGGACACGGAACACCAUGACUCACUGCCACACGAUGAAGAUGGAAGAGAUAAAAAUCUGGGUUUAUCAAAACUACAACAAAUAAGACGUACGCGAAAACCGUCGCUGGUGGACAUCGUACAAAUUGCUAAGAGUGAACGUGAGCGCGAACAGCGUGCCUCAUUGUCCGUGAAGGAAAGAAGUAAAAGUGAGAAGCAUACAAGGAAAGAUAGAGAAAGGGAUAGAAGUAGAGAUAAAGAGAAGGAGACAGAAAAAGAAAGGAUGAGAGAAACGGAACAAGUUGAAGAUGAAAAGAAAGAAAAUGAGUUGGAAAGUAAGAAGGAUAAUGAUAAGAAGAAGGAUGUCAUUAAAGGUGAGGAAGAGAAGAAAGAGCUUGAAAAAGACGAAGACGAAGACAGAACCAAAGAAAAAGUGAAUGGAAAUAGAAAAAGCAAACAUUUGAAGAGAGAUAAAAAUAGAAGUGAGCCAAAUGAGAAGCUCUAUACAGAAGACGAAGAAUAUUGUAAAUCUGAAACUUUGCCAAAAACGAAGAAGGACCAAACCAAAAAUUUCGAUGCCUCGAAGCAAAAUAUAGAUACCGAUAAUGAUCCCGAUACAAAUACACGUGUAGUAAAUGAACGCCGUCAAAGUUUGCUGCGUAAGAAGCGAGAAGACGACCAACCGGCCACAAGAUCAACCACACCUUUACCCGACAAAACAGAAACUCAAACAACAAAAUCAGAGACAACCGCACCACCGCAUGAAGCAGAAAAGAAAAGUAAUUUCGUGAUUGUAGAUGAGAAGACGCCGGCAGCUAGUGAAAAAGAUCAGCCACCUGCCAAACAUCGUACUUUCAGUGUACGCGGCGGUACAUUUAAAUUUCGACGUCCCAAGCCCAAACCACUCGAAACAGCAACCGAGGCGGAGGUCUUUAAGUUCGAUGAGAAAUCUCUUGAGAAUACAAAUAACGGGAAGACUGCUGAGCCACCCCGCAGCGCUUCACCGCCAGCGUCACACAGAACAAACGAUGGGCUCAUAACGCCUACAUUUGUCAAUCCCGAGAAGCUCUUGAACCUAUCACGUCAAGGACGUAAGAAAAUCGGCACACUCUUCGCGCUUGUACGCGACACGGUAAACACCAAAUGGAAUGAGGAUGAGCAAUCACCGAGCAGCAGUGGCGGUCCGACAACACCACAACCACAAUUCCCUGCAACACCAGAGGUAGCCAGCAAAAGCAACGACGAGGUCAUUGCCAUUGAGAUACCACCGUCGCCUGAGGUCGUGGAACCCGCAGACAAAUCAACUUUUCCCACAACAAUUCCCGAAAUUGCAAUUAUACCGAAAGACUUAGCGCCCCGUUAUCCACGCACUGCAUCGGAUAUUAAUUUGAGCGAUAUCGAAGCACUAGAUAAACCUGGUCCCAUAUAUCAACCACCGAUGCAGCGUCGCAAACCCAUUGAGCGUGCGCAAGCCCAACGUCAAGACUCACAAACUUCCGUUUGGUCCGAUAAUAUACCGACCAUCACCAUCAGCACCACCGGCAGUGAUGAAUGCAUUGCACAGGUGGAGCCAGAGAAGAAGCUUACUACACCCGUUAUACCAGUUGCCGCCGUCGCGCCGCUCAAAGAGAGCGUAGUAAUGACAGUUACGAAAUCCGCGCCGCCAACUCCGGAUCCCAAAGUGAAAAUCAUUAAGAUCGACAUCGAAGAUAAAUAAUUUGCGGAUUUUAACUGAGGUUCUAUUGUAGCGGCGGAGAAAGUGCCUUCUUGAACUCUAAAUGUUUACUGACAUUUCUCGUCAACUAUUUCUGAUUUAUUGAAAUUUAGGCGCAACUAACGCACCAUGUCCGUAAUUAUAUGACAGUCUACUGUAUUUACUUGCAUUUGAUAUAAAUACUAAAGUACUAGAAGAGUUCAAAUAAAAUUUAAAAAUAGAACACAUGACAUACAUUAAGACGGAGACAAUUGUAGUGCUGGAAUACA